UCUGUUUGUAGAUACCUCGUGCGUUUCCGUCGGUAGGUUCCGUGUAGUGGGGUUUUGUUCAGAUAGCAGCCGAUAAGACAGCUAACGAUUAGCGGGCCUCAGAUGAGCGUUCAGGUAACGCCGGGACGGAGGUGCCGGUUGGAUAAAUCCCUCGGGCAGAUAACGUCGGCAGUCAGUCGUGAAGGCCCGGUGGGGUUCCGUGCAUUUUACCAGUAACCCUAUGGUCUUAAGUGCCCCCUGUGAAUAGGCCAACUACCCCCAGGGGUCCUAGUACCCAUCGUUGGGAACCACGAUUCUAGUAUAUAUGUCUAACACUGGAGUUACAUUCUUAGCUAACAAGGAUGUAACCCUGGCACUUGUUGCUACAGCUGGUAUUAUGGCACAAUCAAUACUUUCAAGCACUCACUGCUAAGUAUUUUUAUUUUUUUUGCUCUCAACUGUAGAUAGGUGAUGAAAGCCACUCAUAAAACAAGCGAAGCCCAGCCAUUUCCCAUGAGCAGUGAGCUGAACGUGCCCAAGGGCUCCCCAGCCCCUGGGGGCUUUGAGCGGAUGCCUGAGGGUGGAGGGAUGGACUACAGGGACUGGGUGCGCCGCAGCUACCUGGAGCUGGUCACCUCCAACCACCACUCUGUGCAGGCGCUGUCUUGGAGGAAGCUCUACUUGAGCCGGGCCAAACUGAAAGCCUCCAGCCGCACCUCUGCCCUGCUCUCUGGCUUCGCUAUGGUGGCAAUGGUGGAGGUCCAGUUGGAGAUCCAGUACAACUACCCGCGAAUGCUCCUCAUUGCCUUUAGCGUGUGUACUACGGUGCUGGUGGCCGUGCACCUGCUUGCCCUGCUCAUCAGCACCUGCAUCCUACCCAACGUGGAGGCAGUCAGCAAUAUCCACAACCUCAACUCAGUCAGCGAGUCACCCCACGAGCGCAUGCACCACUACAUUGAGCUGGCCUGGGGCUUCUCCACUGCCCUGGGCAUCCUGCUUUUCCUGGCAGAGGUAGUGCUGCUCUGCUGGAUCAAGUUCCUGCCCGUGGACUCUAGUUCCGCCAACCAGGUGGCGGUGGCUGCCGCAGAGCUGGCACUAUCCAAGCUGAACUGUAGCAGCCCUGCCCUGCCACCCAAGCCCACCCCUUCGCCAGGGCACAGUGGCUGGCAGGCAGCCCUGGCCUCCACCAUCAUCAUGGUGCCGGUGGGGGUUAUCUUUGUGGUAUUCACCAUCCACUUCUACCGCUCGCUGGUGAGCCACAAGACAGAGCGCCAUCACCAGGAGAUCGAGGAACUGCACAAAAUUAAGGUGCUGCUGGAUGGGUGCGAGAGAGGCUUACAGGCAGUGUGAUCUCUUUAGCUCUUCUCUCUGUGCUCUUCCUGUCCACUGUCAAUGCCUUCUCACAUUGUUGAGAAGCACCAAAAUUCCACUGAAUAAGUGGUAGGAUUAAGGAUUUCCUUAUCCCCUAUUUAUCAAGCACCCUUUCCUAUUCAGCCUCUAGCCUGUUCAUUGUUAAUGUCUUCCUUAAAGUUUUUUUGGCAGAGAGCCCCAAAACUCCACUUAAUAUGUGGGAAGUUUAAAGGAAUUCUCAGCUCUACUAAAUUAUGGAGGUCAAAGUUCAUAGUAUGUUUGUUUGAUUUGGAAAAUAGUAUCUUGUCUCUGUGAGAGAUGUAGGAUCUGAUGUAUUGAUUCUAUUUUUAAAGAUUAUUUUAAGGGCUAUUUUGUUAGUGGUUGAUUUGUGCCAUCUCCACAUUUCAUGAAGGAAGUGGUGUCAACCAUCACAUGUGCUUAACUUGUUCUCACAAGGCUGUUAUUGUUGUCAGGCUAUGAUCAACACUGAAACCAGAGUUGUAAGCUGAGGCAGAAGCAGGUGGAAACAAAAGUCCAUUUAUUUUUGAAGGUGUUCAUGCUGCACCAAACAGCGUGUAAUGUACACUGAACAAAAAAUAUAAACACAACAUGCAACAAUUUCAAAGUUACAAUUCAUAAAAGGAAAUCAGUCAAUUGAAAUAAAUUCAUUAGGCCCAAAUCUAUGGAUUUCACAUGACUGGGAAUACGGAGAUGCAUCUGUUGGUCACAGAUACGCAUAGAGUUGAUCGGGCUGUUGAUUGUUGCCUGUGUAAUGUUGCUUCACUCUUCAAUGGCUGUGCGAAGUUGCUGGAUAUUGGCGGGAACUGGAACACAGUCUUAUACGUCGGUCCAUAGCAUCCCGAACAUGCUCAAUGGGUGACAUUGAGCAUGUAGGCCAAGGAAGAGCUGGGACAUUUUCAGCUUCAGGAAUUGUGCACAGGUCCUUGUGGCAUGGAGCCAUGCAUUAUCAUGCUGAAACAUGAGUUGAUGGCGGCGAAUGAAUGGCAAGACAAUGGGCCUAAGGAUCUCGUCACGGUAUCUCUGUUCAUUGAAAUUGGCAUCGAUAAAAUGCAGUUGUGUUCGACGUCUGUAGCUUAUGCCUGCCCAUACCAUAACCCCACCGCCACCAUGGGGCUCUGUUCACAACGUUGACAUAAGCAAACCGCUUGCCCACUUGAUGCCAUACUCAGUCUGCCUUCUGCACAGUACAGUUGAAACCAGGAUUCAUCUGUGAAGAGCACACUUCUCCAGUGUACCAGUGGCCAUCGGAAAUGAGCAUUUGCUCACUGAAGUCGGUUACGACGCAGAACUGCAGUCAGGUCAAGACCCUGGUGAGGACGACGAACACGCAGAUGAGCUUCCCUGAGACGGUUUCUGACAGUUUGUGCAGAAAUUCUUCUGUUGUGCAGCUGUCCGGGUGGCUGGUCUCAGACGAUCCCGCAGGUGAGGAAGCCAUAUUUGGAGGUCCUGGGCUGGCGUGGUUACACGUGGUCUGCGGUUGUGAGGCUGGUUGAAUGUACUGCCAAAUUAUCUAAAACGUUGGAGACGGCUUAUUGUAGGGAAAUGAACAUUACAUUUUCUGGCAACAGCUCUGGUGGACAUUCUUGCAGUCAGCAUGCCAAUUGCAUGCUCCCUCAACUUUAGACAUCUGUGGCAUUGUGUUGUGACAAAACUGCACAUUUUAGAAUGGCCUUUUAUUGGCCCCAGCACAAGGUGCACCUGUGUAAUGACCAUGCUGUUUAAUCUGCUUCUUGACAUGCCACACCUGUCAGGUGGCUGGAUUAAUUUGGCAAAGGAGAAAUGCUCACUAACAGGGAUGUUAACAAAUGUGCACACCAUUUUAGAUGUUUUUUUUUGUGUUGUAUGGAACAGUUCUGGGAUCUUUAAUUUCAGCUCAUGAGACAUGGGACCAACACUUAUGUAGCGUUUAUAUUUUUGUUCAGUCUAUUUGAAAGUGAAUAAUCUUAUUUGGGAUGGAGGGCUGCUCUUCUCCAGCAUUUUGGAUUUGAGAUCAAGUGUUUCAUGAGACUACAGAAUGUCUGUCACCUUUUAUUCUAGGGUAUUUUCAUAUAGUUUUUACUGUUUUAGAAAUGAAAGUACGGUAUCUAUUCCCCCCAUUUGAAAAAGUCAAGUAUUUGGACAAAUUCACUUUGUGUAUUAAAAAGUUUAGUAUUUUGUCCCAUAUUCCUACACUCAAUGAUACCAUCAUGCUUGUGACUACAAACUUGUUGGAUACAUUUGUAGUUUGUUUUAGUUGUGUUUUCGAUUAUGUUUUGCCCAAUAGGAACUGAUUAAUGUAUUUUAAUUUUGGAGUGACCUUUUUUAUUGUAAAUAACAAUGGGUGUUUCUGAACACUUUUACAUUAACGUGGAUGCUUCUAUGAUACGGAUCAUAAUGAUGACCAUACAUGUUAGCAUGUUUUGUUGUAGCCUCUGAACGGUAUUUCACUUGUCAUUUUUCACGAUUCUUAAUCAGGGCAUUAUCAGGAUUAAUAUAGAUAUGUUAGAUUACAUUUUACUGUAUCUACUCACUUUGGAACUGAAUGACUUGAAUUUAUUUCUAUUGGGCAAAACAACCCACAACACACACAAAACGAAUCAAAAACUUGAUGUAGUCAUUGUGUGCUAGGAUUAUAGGACCAAAUACUAAACUUUUGACUACUUUAAUACACUAAGUGAAUUUGUCCAAUAUACUUAGGACUUCUUCAAAUGCGGAGACUAGAUACAUCAAGUGCUUUCAUUUAUUUCUAAACAGUAAAACAUGUAUGAAGAUUCACCUUUUAUUUAAGGGUCAUUCUGUGCUGUCGCCUCACAUUAAACAUUUGAUCUCACAUCCAAAAUGCUGGAGUAUAGAGACAAAUUUUAAAUGUUAGCUUCACUGUCCAAAUACAUACGGAGGGGAGUGUAUUGCCGUAGGUGACAGUAAUAGGAGCACACAUGCUGUGUGUGCAGACAUGCUUUGGGGAGAAUGUUCAUUUAAUCGGCAUUAUAAUUCGUAUUUUAAAGAAAGCCCACCCAGGCCUAUAAACUGUACGUCAGUUCUUAGGCUACUCUAUGGUGUCAAAGAUAGUGCCUCAGCGUUAAGAAUUGUAAUCUCAUGAGUUAAUUUAUUUUUAUUUUAUUUAUUUUUUAUUUAACUAGGCAAGUCAGUUAAGAACAAAUUCUUAUUUACAAUGACGGCCUACCAAAAGGCAAAAGGCCUGCGGGGAUGAGAUAAAAAAAUAUAUAUUUAUAUAUAGGGCAAAACACAUCACGACAAGACAACACAACACUACAUAAAGAGAGACCUAAGACAACAACAUAGCAAGUCAGCAACACAUGACAACACAGCAUUGUAGCAACACAACAUGAUGACAACAACAUGGUAAAGACAUUAUUGGGCACAGACAAUGGCACAAAGGGCAAGAAUGUAGAGACAACAAUACAUCACGCAAAGCAGCCACAACCGUCAGUAAGAGUGUCCAUGAUUGAGUCUUUGAAUGAAGAGAUUGAGAUAAAACUGUCCAGUUUGAGUGUUUGUUGCAGCUUGUUCCAGUCACUAGCUGCAGCGAACUGAAAAGAGGGACCCAGGGAUGUGUGUGCUUUGGGGACCUUUAACAGAAUGUGACUGGCAGAACGGGUGUUGUAUGUGGAGGAUGAGGGAUGCAGUAGAUCUCAGAUAGGGGGGAGUGAGGCCUAAGAGGGUUUUAUAAAUAAGCAUCAACCAGUGGGUCUUGAGUCGGGUAUAUAGAGAUGACCAGUUUACAGAGGAGUAUAGAGUGCAGUGAUGUGUCCUAUAAGGAGCAUUGGAGGCAAAUCUGAUGGCCGAAUGGUAAAGAACAUCUAGCCGCUCGAGAGCACCCUUACCUUCCAAUCUAUAAAUUAUGUCUCCGUAAUCUAGCGUGGCUUGGAUGGUUAUCUGAAUCAGGGUUAGUUUGGCAGCUGAGGUGAAAGAGGAGUGAUUACGAUACAGGAAACCAAGUCUAGAUUUAACUUUAGCUUGCAGCUUUGAUAUGUGCUGAGAGGACAGUGUACCGUCUAGACAUACUCCCAAGUACUUGUAUGAGGUGACUACCUCAAGCUCUAAACCCUCAGAGGUAGUAAUCACAUCUGUGGGGAGAGGGGCGUUCUUCUUAUCAAACCACUUGACCUAUGUUUUGGAGGUGUUCAGAACAAGGUUAAGGGUAGAGAAAGCUUGUUGGACACUAAGAAAGCUUUGUUGUGGAGCAUUUAACACAAAAUCCGGGGAGGGGCCAGCUGAGUGUAAGACUGUCAUCUGCAUAUAAAUGUAUGAGAGCGCUUCCUACUGCCUGAGCUAUGUUGUUGAUGUAAAUUGAGAAGAGCAUGGGGCCUAGGAUUGAGCCUUGGGGUACUCCCUUGGUGACAGGCAGUGGCUGAGACAGCAGAUGUUCUGACUUUAUACACUGCACCCUUUUGAGAGAGGUAGUUAGCAAACCAGGCCAAAGACACCAAUACUCCUUAGCCGGCCCACAAGAAUGGAAUGGUCUACCAUAUCAAAAGCUUUGGCCAAGUCAAUAAAAAUAGCAGCAGAACAUUGCUUAGAAUCAAGGGCAGUGGUGACGACAUUGAGGACCCUUUUAGGUUUGCUGUGACACAUCCAUAACCUGAGCGGAAACCAGAUUGCAUACCAGAGAGAAUACUAUAGACAUCAAGAAAGCCAGUCAGUUUAUUAUUGACAAGUUUUUCCAACACUUUUGAUAAACGGGUCAAAAUAGAAAUAGGCCUAUAACAGUUAGGAUCAGCUUGAUCUCCCCCUUUUAAAUAAAGUACGAACCGUGACUACCUUCCCAGAAAUGAGAGACAGGCUUGGCGAUGAUAGGGGCAGCAACCUUGAAGAAGAAAGGGUCUAAACCAGUGGUUCUUAACCUUGUUGGAGGUACUGAACCCCACCAGUUUCAUAUGCGCAUUCACCAAACCCUUCUUAAUUGGAAAAAUAAAAUAUGAUUUUUUUCAAAUUCAAAACAUAGGUAUAUAUUUUACUGGUGCACAAAAUGAACCGUGCAUCAACAUCAACACCGUGUGUUCAAAGAACAAAAUCAUCAAAACAUGAUUUUCACACAAAAACAAAAACGUAAUAAUGAAUAUUUACUGCAAAUCAGUGUGACUUCUGCUGUUGCCUUUCAGAGACCAGUUCAGUUUCAGAGACCAAAUGCGCGGCUUCACCUUGGCAAGUGCCACUCUCAUGUCAUUUUCGCAACAAAGUCUGUUCCUUUUCUUCGUUUUUAUGUCCAGCAUCCUCGAAAAGGAUUACUCGCAAAGAUAUGUUGUAACAAACGGUAUGAAAAUCUCCAGAUCUUUCUUAGCAAUAACAGGGUACGUCACCAUUUGUUGACACCAAAACAUUGAACGCGUUGUUGUUCUGAAGAGUUGCUGUUGAACCUGGCUCUGCUGAAUUUCAAUGAUUUCAUCGAUGUAUUCAUCAUUGACAUCUGUUGUCUCAACACUAAACGUGAACGGCUGUCUCACCCAUGCUGGAUAUGACUCUCUUGUAGGGAAGUAUCCGUCGAGAGACUUUGCAAGCUCAUCUAAGUGCGUGGCAAUUGCUUGCUUCAGUUCCACGGGUACAGAAAGGUCUCCGAUUCCAGAUACAUCUUCGAUCUUACUUACACAGUCGACCAGCAGGGGAAAGUUUGCGAAGUUAUCAUUCUCUGUUUGUCGUUUCCAUAACGGUAGCUUUUUUUGAAAAGCCUUCAUGUUUUCCUCCGCUUCGAUGAUGUUGACUCCACCGCCCUGCAUCUUUUGAUUGAGAUGAUUGAGAGCUGCGAAGAUAUUAGCCAUGUACGCUAAAAUGAGAAUGAACUCAGAAUUUUUGAAGCAAUCUGCAUGACAAUGCUGGUGCUCUUGCAAAAACAGGGCUAAUUCCACACGCACGGCAAAAACACGAUUCAGCACCUGUCCCCGGGAUAACCACCGAACGUUAGAAUGGUACAGAAGUACCUCGAAUUCAGAGCCCAUUUCUUUACACAGCUCACUGAAGAUGCGGUGCCUCAGAGCACUAGUUCGCACAUAGUUCACGCUUUCCACUACAAUUUUUAAUACUUCUGCCAGUUUUGGAGGCAAGGUUUUUGUUGCCCAACGCAUGCCUGUGCAGAAUACAAUGCGGAACAAUGAUGUGUGGUGCAUCGGCUUUCACUAGCGCACCAAAACCAGACUUUCUUCCCAGCAUGACUGGAGCUCCGUCCGAACCAACUGCAGAAACCAUAUCCUACGAAAGAUUGUUGUCUUUGAAGAAGUCAUCCACAAGUUUCUUCACAUCGACUGCCUUAGUUGUUGUUGUAAGAGGCUUACAAAAUAAAAAAUCUUCCUUUAUCACGUCGUCUUUCACAUAGCGCACGAAUACAUCAAGCUGGCUUAGAUUGGCAACGUAUGUGGUCUCGUUGAGUUGAAGGCUGAAUUUUGCCGGGCUUGAAAUCAGAUCUGCAACCACUUGAGCCAAGAUGUCUUUGCUCAUGUCCACUAUUCUGUCGCUGAUGGUGUCAUUUGAAAGAGGAAUUUGGGAUAACUUAACUUCAGCCUCUUUUCCCAGCAUGAUUUUCGCCAUCUUCAACACAGCUGGUUCUAUGAGUGUUUCACCAAUGGUGUGUGGUUUGCCCUGCUUUGCGAUCAAUUAAGCAAAUUCGUACGAUGCUGUGAGGAUCGGUUUGUUGAUGGGUACAAAGCCGAGAACAGGCAGAGUAGCCUUUUCAUCGAAUCUGGCUCUCUUCACCUUGAAUUCAGCGAGCGUUGUGUUCUUGUAUUUUCCAUCUCCAUGCAGCUUAAUGAAGUGUUCUCUUAGUUUUGCCGGUGCUAGACUAGAAUUGCUCAACUUGGCUUUGCAAAUCAUGCAGUUAGGACGCUGACUCCCAUCACGUUCCGUUAUACAUGUGAAUCCAUAUUGUACAUAUUCGUCCGACCACUUUCUUUUUUUGCUCGACAUAGUAAAAGUAUGAAGGGAUUAAAAUAUUAAGAAAGAAAUCACAAGACGUACCAUCACGACAGUCACAAGUCGACUACUGAGCGCACCAAAUUCCCUGCAGCACAGAUAGGCCAAGCGAUGUAGCGUGAUCACCUGCAGCCAAUGAUGGCCAAGCGGGGCGUGUCAUCACGAAUCAUAUGAGUCGGAUGUGUGUCUUGACCUCUGCCUAACCCCUGAGACUGACUCACCGAACCCCUGGGGUUCGAUCGAACCCAGGUUAAGAACCACUGGUCUAAACCAUCUGACCCAGAUGUUUUUUUGGGGUCAAGUUUCAGGAGGUCCUUUAGCACCUCGGACUCAGUGACUGCCUGCAAGGAGAAACUUUGUAGCGGGGCAGGGGAAAAAGAGAGAGAAGCAUUGGGGAUAGUCACAUUAGAAGGGGUGGGAGAUGAGGAAAUGUUGGCCGGGCAAAGAGGCAUGGUGAGUCAAAUAGGAAUCCUGACUUAAUGAAGUGGUGAUUAAAGGGCUCAGCCACGUGCUUCAUGACAGUAACAACCACAUCAUCAACAUUAAGGGACAUGGGCAGCUGUGAGGAGGAGGGUUUAUUCUCCAGGUCUUUAACUGUUUUCCAGAACUUCUUGGGGUUAGACCCACAGAGAGAGAUGAAUGGUAAAAUAAAAUCCUACCUGCCCACACAGCAAAUUAAUAUUGUAGUUACAAUUCAUAUGCUCAGCAAAGUAUAGUUUGUGAACUCACAUUGGCUUAUAUAACGAGACAGCAUAAACAUUUGCAAAUAGAAUUGCUACAUGAAAUGCCUAUCCACUUUUAUAUCCAUUAUAUUUUCUUUACUAUGACAUUGGCAAGCUCAAAACAUAUGAAAUUACCUGUUUUAUGUGCCAAGAAUAGCACAGUGCUUGCUUCUGUUCUAUUCCAAACAGUGACAUUUUUAUACUUGUGUAUGAACAUAUUUACUAUAGGAUUCUUGCAGCAGAGGGGGUGCAUACUGUUAUUUUCACCAUGACUUUUCAUGGAACAGUGUUGACUAGGAUUAAAAUGAGGGUUGCUAAAUACACUGCUCAAAAAAAUAAAGGGAACACUUAUCUUCUUCUGGCUGCAAGCCCCUUGUCGGUACACUUAUGACAACAGCCAGCUCAAUUGCAGGGCGCGAAAUUCAAAAUAUAUAUUUUUUAAAUAUUUAACUUUCACACAUUAACAAGUCCAAUACAGCAAAUGAAAGGUACACAUCUUGUGAAUCCAGCCAACAUGUCUGAUUUUUAAAAUGUUUUACAGCGAAAACAGCACGUAUAUUUAUGUUAGCUCACCACCAAAUACAAAAAAGGACAGACAUCUUUCACAGCACAGGUAGCAUGCACAAAGCCAACCUAACUAACCAAGAACCAACCAAACAACUUCAUCAGAUGACAGUCUUAUAACAUGUUAUUCAAUAAAUCUGUUUUGUUCGAAAAAUGUGCAUAUUUCAGGUAUAAAUCAUAGUUUACAUUGCAGCUACAAUCAGAAAUUGCACCGAAAGCAGCCAGAAUAAUUAGACACCAACGUCAAAUACCUAAUUACUCAUCAUAAAACAUUUCUGAAAAAUACAUAGUGUACAGCAAAUGAAAGACAGGCAUCUUGUGAUUCCAGCCAAUAUUUCCGAUUUAUUAAGUGUUUUACAGCGAAAACAAAAUAUAGCGUUAUAUUAGCUUACCACAAUAGCCAGAAAGACAAGCCAUUUCCCAGUAGCAAAAGGUUAGCGAUCGUAACAAACAAGCAAAAGAUAUAUAAUUUUUGACUAACCUUGAUAUUCUUCGUCAGAUGACAGUCCUAUAACAUCAGGUUAUACAUACACUUAUGUUUUGUUCGAAAAUGUGCAUAUUUAGAGCUGAAAUCAGUGGUUACACAUUGUGCUAACUUAGCUACUUUUUCCACAACGUCUAAACAGCAACGAUAUUUUUCUGACACGUUUUCUGAUACACAUAUUCUGACCAAAUAGCUAUUCAUAAACAUAACUAAAAAAUACAUGUUGUAUCGAAAAUGAUAGAUCCAUUAGUUCUUAAUGAAAUCGCAGUGUUAGAAUUCUAAAAAAUAACUUCAUUACGACAUCCAGCUUCGGUAUAGCUGAGUACCCAAACGUUGGGCGUCGGCGACUAGUUCACAUGCACGACAGAUAUAUGAAAUAGCAUCAUAAAAUGUUUCUUUCUUUUGGUGAUCUUCCAUCAGAAUGUUGGACAAGGUGUCCUUUGUCAAGAACAAUCAUUGUUUGGAAUUAGAACAUUCAUUUUCCCUCUUGAAUUAGCAAGCGCGCUAGCCUAGUGGCACAAAGCUCUCCAUGUCAACAAACGGAAGAGAACGGAACACGGCAAAACUCCCGAAAAAUUUUCAAUAAUCUGAUGAAACUAUGUUGAAAAAACAUACUUUACGAUGAUAUGGUCACAUGUAUCAAAUAAAAUCAAAGCCGGAGAGAUUAGUCGUCCAUAACGGCAGCUAAACAGAAGGCAAAUCCAAGUACCCUUUCGCGCCUCCAGAAAACAGGAAAUGGGAGGACACGUCAUACAAAGAGCCUGUAUUCCACUUCAGACCAAGAUAAAAAACUAAAUUUCUUCUCUCACCGCCUCUUGACAUCCAGAGGAAGGUCUAUGAAGUGCACGUAUACUCUUACGUAUCAUGCCCAUUUAUAGGCAGGAAGUAGAACAGAGCCCCAAUUUCAGACUUUCCACUUCCUGGUCAGGAAGUUUGUGCCAAAUGAGUUCUGUUUGACUCACAGAUAUAAUUCAAACGGUUUUAGAAACUAGAGAGUGUUUUUUAUCCAAUAGUAAUAAUAAUAUGCAUAUUGUACGAGCAAGAAUUGAGUACGAGGCCGUUUGAAAUGGGCACCUUUUAUCUGGCUACUCAAUACUGCCCCUGCAGCCCAAACAGGUUAAACAACACAAUGUAACUCCAAGUCAAUCACACUUCUGUGAAAUUAAACUGUCCACUUAGGAAGCAACACUGAUUGACAAUAAAUUUCACAUGCUGUUGUGCAAAUGGAAUAGACAAAAGGUGGAAAUUAUAGGCAAUUAGCAAGACACCCCCAAUAAAGGAGUGGUUCUGCAGGUGGUGACCACAGACCACUUCUCAGUUCCUAUGCUUCCUGGCUGAUGUUUUGGUCACUUUUGAAUGCUGGCGGUGCUUUCACUCUAAUGGUAGCAUGAGACAGAGUCUACAACCCACACAAGUGGCUCAGGUAGAGCAGCUCAUCCAGGAUGGCACAUCAAUGCGAGCUGUGGCAAGAAGGUUUGCUGUGUCUGUCAGCGUAGUGUCCAGAGCAUGGAGGCGCUACCAGGAGACAGGCCAGUACAUCAGGAGACGUGGAGGAGGCCGUAGGAGGGCAACAACCCAGCAGCAGGACCGCUACCUCCGCCUUUGUGCAAGGAGGAGCACUGCCAGAGCCCUGCAAAAUGACCUCUAGCAGGCCACAAAUGUGCAUGUGUAUAUAUUGUAUAUGCAAGGAGCCAAGUAUUGCUCAAAACGCUUAUUGAAUAUUUAGCUUUAUUGGUUGGUUUGAGUGGUAAGCAAUGUAUGAGGAAUGUAAAUAGUCAACCGUUCAAUUCUCUUAAAUAAAUACGAUUUAUGUCUGCUUGAAGGAUUGUUUAGAAUUGUUUGGAAAUUAAUUGUUUAGAAAUUAAGAUAAUAGAGUCUUGUCUGUCAGGUGUCUGCAAUUCUUCAAUCUUAUCAAUUAACAUGAGAAAUAAAGGCAUCUUAGUUUGUUGAUGUUUCCAUGCCCUA